UUGUCACGUGCAGUGACUUGCCAGGCUGAAUUUCGACACUCAUUGCUUUCGUCCUUUCCACCAUUAUUCUUUCUAUUUUAUCGUAAUGUCGGAUUCAGACUCACCGAAGACAAGUGGCAAGGCCCCGACUGUAGCAAAACCACCUGGCGCUCAGAUUCGACGCCGAGCAAACAAUUCACAAGUAUCAAGACCCAAUUCGAGCCGUGCGGCAGGCGCUGGUGGAUCCUCCAAUACGAUGUUGAAGCUCUACACCGACGACUCUCCUGGACUGAGAGUCGACCCAUUCAUCGUGCUUAUGUUGUCGAUAGCAUUCAUUGCCUCCAUCUUUUUCCUUCACAUCUCGGCAAAACUCAUCCGUCUAUUCACCAAGUAAUCGAAUUAUUCGGAGGGGCUGGUAAAGGGUCACUAGGUGUCGAAGGCCGACCACCCUAUUGUAUCCCAAAACGUACUUGUUCGACCAUUUAUACCACUCCUUUUGAUGCGGAUUACAUGG